AUGCGUGCUUCGCUUAUGAUCAAGGCCAGAUGGAUGACACCACUUAUCCCCUAUGUGCAAGUACAAAAGGAUUUCUCUGAAAGAGGGGGAGUAGAGCAGCAUCUGUUUUAUAGUGAAGAAGCUCAUAGUACUCCGACAAUACCUCAUCAGUCCCAGUUUUGGUUCAGCCCUGGUCAGUUCACCCAGCUCGAUGGCGCCAUUUGCCAGAACGGCACCCCUGAUGCGAAUAUUAGUUGCCUGGAUGAAAUUGAUGUUCAUGGGCGGCAGCGCAGUACACUCUGGCUCGGCAGCUGCUGUUUCCAAGAAGGCACUGGGCAGGGAUAUUCUGACCAGCUGGAAGCACAUGCACAUCGUCUUUUCAAGGGCGCUGGAUGGACUAUUAAGCCACGGAAAAGGAAUGACAGGGCUAAGAUGGCAUCCUACUUCACAGCUCCAAACAGGGAAGCGGCAAAACAUCACAUCGAUGCAAGUGAUGAUGGAAGGCAAACUCAUGGUCAACCAAAUGCUCUUAAUAGCUCUGUAAAAAAGUCAAGGAAGAAAUCGAAAAGGACAUUUGAUAUUAGCUCAGCUGGACUGGAUGGGACCAAUGUACCAACCAUGGGCAUGGCUGACCCAGGGAACACCAAUGCCUUUGAGGAACACGAAACCCACUGUGUACUACAAGGGAGUCACAGUCAGAUGCCACAGCGUUCUGCCAUGAUGACAAGGUCUGGAAAAAGAUACUCCCCAUCCCAUGGAGAAUUUUAUGAGGAUUCACAAAGUGAUCCAACAGGAAAUACUGUACCUGUUGAGUUAUCCCAUGAAUCUAGUGCUGAUGUUCUGGGAACUUAUCUAACAUGUGACUCACAAAUCUGCAAGAGAGCACUGCCAAAAUGA